AUGGCGUCUGCAGCAGGAUCCAAAUUCCAGGCGUUUAUGAACCACCCUGCGGGUCCCAAGACUGUGUUUUUCUGGGCCCCACUCAUGAAGUGGUGUUUGGUAGCUGCCGGGCUAAAAGAUCUAUCUCGACCAGCAGACAAGAUCUCGGUCUCUCAAAACGUUGCGCUCGCCGCAACGGGUAUGAUCUGGGUGCGUUACUCGCUCGUCAUCACACCGGUUAACUAUUCGCUCGCCGCUGUCAACUUCUUCGUUGGCUGCUCUGGUCUCGCUCAGCUCUACAGAGUGUGGGACUUCCGUCGACAACAUCCUGUUCAAGCUGCUGUUGCUGACAAAAAGAACGAGGUGGAGAACAAGAUCACCAAAGAGACUCUGCCGAUGACGUCAAAGUAG